CUCCACUUGAUAGAACUUGGAUGUACGAGACGGGGGCGGUAAUGCAGAGCCAUGACCAUGAUGAGUACUUUUACGAUCCUGAUGAAGCAGACGACGAUGCAGAUGAGGAGUCGGACCACGAGUACUUCUCAGCGUGCUUGACUCAGGAUUCGUUUGUUGCAUCGGGCUCUGAACAGGGACUUCUUUGUCAAGUUGCUGAGAGACUUCCAUUCCUGAACAAUGUGAUGCAAGCGCUGCACAGCAGAGCUGGUGAUGAGGAGUCACUGCACCGUGCCAGAAAGGUGAACCCCUUCCGGGCCUCUGGGCGUUUGGCCCGGGGUGCUGAGCAUGUGCCAUUCCUGAACAAUGUGAUGCAGGGCCUGCAUCGUGUGCGCGGGAAGAGUGAAGAGCUGAGACGAGCGAAAAAGAAAAACCCUCUGGGGGCGAAUGGUUACGUCACAAAGUUUGGCGAGCACAUCCCUGGAUUAGCGGAUACCAUUUGUUGCAUCCAUAAAUUUAGAGGCUUGGAUGCAGAAGCGGAACGGGCUCGGGCUUUCUCACUUCAUCGAAUGGUGGGCCGCCAGGGUGCAAUCACACAGCUGGCACAGCUUUUGCCUGGAACAAAUCUCAUUGCUGCUCUCUUAGCCGAAGCAAAAGGCGAUCGGAAAGAGGCUGUAAAGGCGAUGAACUUGUUGAAGAGUUGGCGGGAUGUGGCCUCCGCAGAUGGAGCUCUAGCGCGUGUGGCCGAGCUGUUGCCUGGAGUGGAUAUCAUUUCUUUUGGUCUCAUGGUGAAUCACGGCCAUUUUGCCCAUGCAGUUCGAGCCAUUUGCAAAACUCGAUGGGUGGACGUCACAGCAAAGUCUUCGACUUUAACACUGUCCACUGGAUGCGUGGAGGACUGGGUGGUGCAAUCGGUGGAUUCUGAUGUGGUGGUUCAACCUCGAGCGACUUCACUGGCAAGCGGUUUGGUUGACGUUUUCAUUCACCUUUUGGACUUUGACCAGCAUGGAAAUCAACGCUGGGUGACAAGAGGCUUGGAGCAUGAGCUGCCAUCGGCUUGCACAAGGAAGAAGAGAAGAGGCCUGAGAAGAGCUUUUGAAGAUGUCAAGAUCAUGAAGGCGAACCAAGCGAUGCAUGGCAUGCUGGACUAUUUGUUUCUGAGCUCUCCAUGCUUGGUUGCUUAUCUCGUGGAGCUUGCAAACUGGGCUGUGUAUGAUUGGACAGCAUCAUCCCCCACAAGUAGAUGUGUUCUGAGGACAUUUUCUAUUCUCUUCCCUCCAAUGGUAUGUAGAAGCCUUCCUGAUACUGCACCAAGUGCUGGCCUGGGCCGUGCUGUACAGAACUCUUUGCCGGGAGUUACAACAACACAUGGUCAGAUGCCUGUGAACCCCUCCAACUUCCAGAUUCCAGCUGUGCACAUUGAAGAGAAACACACCCUUUGCAACCUUGUCCCAUCCGUUUGUGCAGGUGCUUCGUGUGUCUCGAUCUCCUGCGUGGCAGCAGGUAUGCAUUCUUUAUUACCAUUGGCCUGCUUGUCAGGCUGCCUGGCAGGCGUGGGCUUGCUUCACCGAAGAAUUAAGAGCAAUUUAACGCGCUGGCUGAACCAGUUCAAUGCUGAAUCUUGGAAGUCGAUGGCAGCGCCAGUAGUGCCGCUCACCAGGCAAAUUGAACAGUCAGAUGAGCUCCCUCCACAGUCCGUUUUGGAAUGGGCGAUCUAUGAAAACGUCCCUGAGAGUGUCAAUGAAAUUUUUGAACCUCAGGGUGUUACCUUUGAAUGGUCGAGGACUCUUUUAGAGGAUGUUGGAUUUGCAGAGCUUUUUCGCAACUACGUGCUCCACGAAUGGCUCUCAAAACAACGCAAGUGGAACUGGAUGCACCCAGCCUUUUGGAUAUUGCACUUCUUCGAAGCACCUUUGCGAGGAUUCUUGAACGCGUCCUUUGAUGGUCAACAUGUGCCAUUGGUCAUUCCGAUUGAGCUACCAGCAGGGAACUACAGCAGUGGUCUUUGGCUUCCUGAGAUCAGGGUAAUGCUGGUUCUUUGGCUACAGUUUCAGAAUCAUCACUACGUCACUGGAAUUGAAGCGGUGAUAAUUGAUGGUAUGCUUGAUCAGAUUGCCAAUGCAGUCAAAGCGCAAAGUCUUCCCCAUGACUACGACUGGCGGGAGGAGGAUCCUCGACUGACAGAUUUCACUGAGCCAAUCAAUCUGAAAUUUGAUGUUGCUCUGCGGUGGGGUCGGGAGGACUGCGUUUUCAUUAGCCCCGUGCUCCCUGCAAGCAGAAGUUCUGAACACAACCAUCUCGAAAUCUUGCAAGACAAUUUAGGACAAGCUGUACAUAGAACUGAAGGACUUAGCAGUGAAGCUGUGCUUGCCGAAAUGAGGCUAUGCAAAUUGUUUCACAGCAACGUGAACUAAUGAGUCUUUGCACGGCGGAACCUUGCUUGCCUCUUGCCCGGCGAAGAGAGCCAAAGGGUCUGAAGUUCUAAAGAAUGCCAUCCAGAAGGCUCUUUGCCGUGAAUGUCUUCAAACUAUCAUCAAGAGGAGCAAUGAAUCCUUGAGAUGCUUUUAUUUGGCUUUGUUGAGUUGGC